GCUGAUGAAAUAUUUUUCGUCAUCCGUUUACAUACUUGUCGCAUUGCUUUCGUCAGGCCUCGAUCCCAUUCAAUCACACCAAACUCUAGAAUCGCCAAAACAACAUGAAGCGACGCAUUCUGCUGCUCCUCCUCUGCGUGUUACUAGCGUCCCCCGCCGUCGUUACCGCGCGUCGCCGAAGCUGCCCGAGGAGCAUGCAGUGCAGCGCGUCCACGAGCGGGUACUUUCUAGACGGUCCUAACGGUCACCUGUCGAUCCAGUACACGGGCCGCGGGCCGUCCAAGCCGCAAUCGUGCAGCCAUCUGUGCAAGACGACGGAGAAUUGCACGUGGUGGAUGUACAACAUGCUUAGGGCUGACGGGGAGUGCAAAAUGUGGACUGAGGAACAGAGCCCGUGCAUCCCGGAGAACACGUCAGACCCCGAGACGGCGCGCUUUGACAACACGCCCAUUGGCUGGACCGUAGUGGGCGGCCCUUGCCAAUCAGACGCCAUGAACGUCACGCAAAAGUUCCGCCGCGGCAAGUGCCCCCCACUCACCUGCAACUCCCCAAGCCGCGGCUUCCUAUGGGACCACCCCCACCUGGGGCACCUGCAUUCCUUUGCCACUGGCCGGAAGAAGCGCCCUCAUUCAUGCUUCAUGGCGUGUAUGGAGACCCCGGGAUGCGGGUAUUGGAUGUAUGACCUGCACUCGAACCACGGGGAUUGUGUGCUGUGGGCCAAUGAGCAGAGCCCGUGCCUGCCCGAGCCGGGCAGGGGGGACGACUCCGCGCAUUAUGACCCGCUGCCCACGCAUAGCGUGUUUGUCGUGGGGGGAGGGUGCAACAGCGGGGGGGAUCUCCCGAACCAAGUUUGAGACUGGUUGCUUGGCUGGUUGGUUGGUUGGUUGGAUGGGUGGUUGGUGGGGGAGCCUAGUUUUCUGGAUUGCAGUUGCUGAGUGGCAGUGGUAUCAUAUUGUGGAGUGGUGGUUGUAAUGUUAGGGUCAGACAGGUCAGCAGGGGGUGCCUGUGCUGUAACUUGUACGGUAUGUACCAGGCGCGCCGUAUAUGUUUGUGUUGUACUGUAAUCGCCAUACUGCUGCUCUCGGAAUUUUGUAAUCACCAUACUACAGCUGUAAUCU